AUGGUAGAUGGACACUACAGCACAAUAUUAGCUGAGCUGGAAAUUACCAUUGGUCGAUGCCCAAAAAGAAGUGGUUACGUCUAUAGUGAAACGAUUCAGAGUUGUUAUAAGAUUCAUGGUAAAGAUACUUCAUUGCAGUCUGCAGAGUAUGACUCAAAAUGUGGUCUCGAAGGAGCGGAACUGAUGAGAAUAGAUUCUGAAGAGAAACAGCUUUUUAUUGUUACAUUUCUUGAUUAUCUUGAUGUUACCAGUUGGAUAAUGUUUCAAGGAUCACAUCUAAUCGCAGAAGAGCAUUGGCGAUACAGUGAUGGAUCAAUCAUUACUUACUUCAAUUGGCAUUCAACACAACCUGAUUCAAGUGGUAACCCAGGUCAGACUGAAGUGAUUGGUAUGAAAAAGAUUGGUGGUUAUAAAUGGCAUGACCUAUGGUUGAAUUAUAAAGGCGCAUUUUUAUGCGAAAAAAGAAUUUUUGAUUGACCGAAUACUUCUA